AUGCGACAUCCGAUGGUGUUAAACUUUGUCAAUGAACGCUUGCUUGAUUGUGCCUUCUUCUACACACUCCAUGUUCUAGCUUUCGCCAUAUUCCUGCUGUUGUUAUCGUCGCACAUCUUCUCGCAUUCAACAGCUAAAGACAUCGCAGUAACGGCGUUUAUUGCUUUGUUUCUGUUUUUUAUGCUGCUGAAAGGCGCAAUCAAAGCGCGUAUCUCACAUUCGAUCUCGUUUUGGUUUGUUAUCGCUUACGCUUUCAAUAUCGCUACAUAUGUUGCCACUUUCCUCUAUGUAUGGUUACCAACCAUAUUCAGCUAUGAUGAUUACCAUGAAGAACAAAAGAAAAUAGUGCUCUGGUUCUUGCCCAUUGUCGCAAUUAUCUCUGCUUGGGUGAACUUCCUGUAUAUCUUGCGCAAAUCACCCUAUGGUAUCUACAUUUUUAUGAUGUGUCGAAUUCUUCGUUCUUUUGGACACGUUAGUUUUAAUUUGCAUUUUUUCCCUUUUUUUCCCUAAUU